GUUAUAGCUGCUGUCAUGUGGAAACUGAGGAAAAUGUGAAAUCCUGGCGCGAUCAGAGCUAAAAGAAAUCUCUGAGAAACUUCUUUACACCUUUUUCAGUGUGCUGUUAGGAGAUGAGGAGAUGUUAGGAGAUGAGACGUGCACUUUUAACCUUUUGCGCUUUUUUUUAUGAAUUUAUUAACGCUUCAAAAAUCAGAAAUUAAAGAAGAAUCUUUCAAGGUGCAAACCUUUUCUGGUCCCUUUACAGGGAAAGUGAAUGUAGAGAAGCUUUAAACCUGCAGUGUUUUGUCUGCCGUCGCACUGAAAAUAAAAAGAAAAGCAAAAAAUGUGCAAAACUUGCGGAGGGUUUUUUGUUUGUUUGUUUGUUUGUUCCUUUUUUAUCACUUUGAUCCAAGGUUUUUUUUCUGUAUAUAAGGACAUCAGUGAUGGUGUGAUAACAAUAUCUGCCAUUUACACACAGCUGCAGUGCGUCUGUAGUUGUAACUAUGGACCGGAUUGCACGUGCGUAUCUGCUGUAUUUUUAAGGAGUUUAAACUGUAAUAAGUUUAUUUCCGGGAAAUUGCAUGUCAGUAGUGCAUGCAUGGGCUUUUAACACACUGUCUCAAGUGUCAUGGGCAGCUCUGUAACAAAAGUGAUGCCUGGUCUGGGACAUGUCUCAGGAAACAAUGGGAACCAAACGGUACUAUUCCUUUAAGGUACCUUUAAAACUUUACUCUAAAAGGUAAUUAUGGUCCAGUUAUGAACCUUAACUCUUUUUUAAAGGUACUAUAUCCACAUUUUCAGGUACAGAAGAUGAGGGUACCGACUGAGCGACAAGGAAAUGCACAAUAUGUGCAAAUCCAGGCUGUGGAAAAACACAUUUUAGUGCUUUUUAGUGCUAAAUUAUUGCUUUUCCUGCUUUAUUGCCUCCAUUUCCACCCUUUUCUUAGUUUGACUCAAAUCUCAUCUGCACAAUCCAUUAGAAAUAAAGGUACCAGACUGCACUUUUCCCUGUCGAUGGUGUCCUAUCAUCAGGGUACUCUUUCUACCUGUGAAGAUGCAUGUUGUGCACCUUUAAUUAGCUUUUUUUUAAAGUUUAAAGGUACAUCAGUGGUUCUUAUGGUCUGAUUACGUGCCUUAAAUUAUUCUUAAAGGUGUAUUAAAGGUACAAAAGAUGUACCCUUGAUGGUACCAUGCUAUCAACAAUGAAAAGUACGGUUUGGUACCUUUAUAUCCAAGAAUGCAGAUUGAAGAAGAAAAUUUAGCCCUUUAUUUAUAAAUUACUGCUUUUUUUGCUUUACUGUCUCUAUUUCCAUCCCGUCUCAAAUAUUAAAUGUGUAGUCCAUUGCACUAUCUGAAAUAAAGGUACCAAAGUGUACUUUUUCUUGUUGUUGGGGUGGUACCAUGCAGGAUGCAUGUUCUGUACUAAACUGCACACCGUGUAAAGGUCCAGAACUGAUGCAGCAGGGAUUUUCUUCCUCUUCUAUAUAAAGUUUGUCAAAAAAAGAAACAAAAAUGAAUCUUAAUAUAGAAAUUUAAUAGAGAUUAAGGUACUAAAUGGUACUUUUUCUUGUGGUACUAUCAAGGGUACGUGUUUUUGCAUUUCAUAUGUAUAUUUAUAAAUAACUUAGGGUACAUAACUGGAACUUAAUGAUCACUGACGUACCUUUUCAAGCUUUACAUUUUUAAAAAGACAAUUAAAGGUACAUCAGGUGCACCUUCUCAGGUAAAAAAGUAUUCUUGAUGGUACUGUAUCAUCAACAAGAAAAAGUACAGUUUGAUACCUUUAUUUCUGAGAUUGUGAGACUAAAGAACCAGGAAUUGGACGAACUCAUCCACCUCACCGAAGUCUGAUAAGAAGCACCUGAUUGAAGUCCAUGGUCGGCUCGGUGCUCUGGGAACUGCUGGUAUGAGCAGGGGAAGAACGGCCGCUGUCAGAUGCUCUACCUGUCUGAAAUGAGCCGGGAGGACUGCUGCAGGAGCGAGAGGCCCGGCAUGGCGUGGACCGAGGAGGACGUUCCCAGCAACACGUUGUUCCGGUGGCUGCUCAUGCACGGAGGCGCACCAAACUGCAUACCGUGUAAAGAGACGUGUGAUAAUGUGGACUGUGGUCCUGGGAAGAAAUGCAAGUUGAACCGGAGAAACAAACCGCGCUGUGUGUGUGCUCCGGACUGCACCAAUAACACCUUCAAGGGCCCGGUGUGCGGCUCGGACGGUACCACGUACCGCAACGAGUGCGCGCUCCGCAGAACCAAGUGCAGGAGAUACCCCAACCUGGUGGCCCAGUACCAGGGGAAGUGCAAGAAGACGUGUAACGACGUGCACUGCCCGGGAAGCUCGUCUUGCGUGGUGGACCAGAACAACAACGCCUACUGUGUGACCUGUGAGCGCGUGUGUCCUGAAGUGACCUCGCCUGAGCAGUACCUGUGUGGGAACGACGGCAUCGUUUACGCCAGCGCCUGCCAUCUCCGACGAGCCACGUGCAUUCUGGGAAGGUCCAUCGGGGUCGCCUAUGAGGGCAAGUGUAUAGAUGCCCAGUCGUGCGAUGACAUCCGCUGUCCAAGCGGAAAGAAGUGUCUGUGGGAUAUGAGGACGGGCCGAGGACGAUGCUCCGUGUGCGAGAGCGAAUGUCCCGAGAGUCAUCCCGGAGACAGCGUGUGCGCCAGCGACAACACCACGUACCGCAGUGAGUGUGAGAUGCAUCGGGUCGCCUGCUCGCGAGGCCUCGUCCUCGAGGUCAAACACUCCGGAUCCUGUAACUGCGUCGACCACUGACUCGUUCGUCCCGUCGUACGUGGAUCCUGGCCUGCUUCGUCACGUGAAUCAGACAAAGCAUCAACGUUUCAGAUGCAUUAUUAUGGGAAGGAAUAAAAUUGAUCAUUUUCAAAAAAGAGACUUAUUUUCUUCCCUUCUAAAGCCAUGAGCUCCUGCGCUGCUGUGUUCCUCCGCAAGCAGAGAGAGGAGGAUGAGGAGGAAGGGGAGGAGGAUGAGGAGGAAGGGGAGGAGGAUGAGGAGGAAGGUCUGGACAGACAGAUUAACGUGACUGUAGAGUGUGAAGCAGUGCGACUCGGCUCCAGUGCAGAGUCAGUAUUCAGACUGUAUAUAGACAUACACGCUAAUUUAUUUUCCAGAAUUUAAAAAAAAAAGAAAAAAAAGAAAAAAAAAGAAGAUGAUUUCAUAUAGCCGUCUUCUGGAUGUUUAUUUAUACAUUACUUUUUAUUUAUACACUUAUAAAAAGUCCGACUGAAUUUUAUCUUUUAUCUCGUGUAUAAUAUCCACAGAAAAAAGCAGCAUUAUUUAUUUAAAAGGUGCAAUGUGUGAUGUACAGAGAACCGAGAUUCACCCCGUGUGUGUUCAUUUCCUUCCUUCUAUAUUUGCCUUAUUUAUUUUGUCCUUCCCAUCUUUCCUUCAUUGUUUCCCUAUUUCUUUCUUUUCCUUCUUUCCCCUUUUCCUCCCUUUUGUAGUCUUUUCCUUUCCUUCUUUAUGUUCUUUGCUGUCCAUUCCAUUCCAUCCUUCUUCCUCCUUUUCUUUCUUUCGCUUCCUUCCUUUUUUUUAUUCUCUUCUUAUUUCUUCCAUUCUUUCUCUGUCUUUUUUCAUCCUUUAGUUUUCUUCUUUCAUUCCUCUCCUUAUUUCAUUCAUUCUUUCUUUCUUUUGCUUGUCUUUCCUUUCCUUCCUUUCGUCUUUCCCCUACUUCCUAUCUUUAGUUAUUUUUUUCUUUCAUUUCCUUUCCUUUUCUAUCUUUCCUCCCUCACCCGCUCUCUCGCUUCAUAUGUCUUUAUUUUUGUCUUUUUUUCCCCCUUUGAUUUCUUUCCUUUCCUCCCUCCCUCCCUCCCUAUAGUGUUAUUUCUGUUUUGUCUUUCAUCUUUACCCCAUUUCUUUCCUUUCCUUUUUUCUGUCCCUUCCUUCCCACCUUUCAUCUAUCUUUCCUUCCAAUGUCUUUAUUUUGCUUUUGUCUUUUAUUUUUUUCUUUCUUUUCCUUAUUUUAUUAAUUCUUUUAAUCUUUAUACUCUAUUUUUCUUUCUUUCAUUUUUACAGCUUUUUUUGUGUCCUGAACAGUACUUUUGUUCUGCAGUGUGUGUGUGUGUGUUGGUGUGUAGCUCACUAAUAAAUGGAUCUGGUUUUGUUUACACUCAAAGCUGGUCUGUAAUUAAACUCUUUAUAAGCGCUCUGUUUUCUUUUUUCCACACAGACGCUUUUUCAUGUGAAAGAAAUAAUGUGACGGCGUUUAAAACAGUAAACGUGGGGUUUUUUUUCCUGCGUUGUACGAAUGAAGGAUUGUGUUAGUGUAUUAAAAAAUGUGCCAUAAUAAACGCUUGGAUGCUUUUUUUUUUUUUGUCGUUAACACAGCGGAGGCUGUCUGUAGAUGACUCGGCUCGGUUUAUUCCAGAAUGUAAAGGAUGAACUUUAUCACUACGUCUCAUUACUGUCUCUAUAAUCUCAGAGUUAUUAAUGUAUAGUUUCUUUUUUAUUGUUCAAUGUACAUAAAAGUAAACAAUGCUGUUUGUAAACAUGCAAUACGAGUAAAAUGAAAAUAUAACAA